AGCUGUCUGUCUGUUUGUGUCUCUCAUCUAUAUUUACCACUUUGACGCGCAAAGAAGCCAAAAUAGAGACACGUAUCACUUACUGCAUCACACAAACUCACACACACGCGGCUCUACGUAGAUGACGGAGCUGGCAGAAGAACCGAGGAGAAACACAACUAUGAGCACACAGGAUGUUGGAUACGAGACUCCGCCCAUCUGUGACCUUUUGACCCUUCUGCUAAAGAACCGACGACCCAGCGGCGCUUUUAAUGAAGUCUGGCCUAACAUCUACAUCAGUGAUGCUCCAACAGCAAGAGACAAGACCCUUCUACACCGUCUAGGAAUCAGUCACGUCGUCAACGCUGCACACGGACCCGCUCACAUCGACACUGGAGCUGAUUUCUACUCGGACGCAAGAGUAGAGUAUCAUGGCGUUGAGGCACCAGACAACAGAGACUUCGACAUCACACCGUUUUUCUACCCCACAGCCGGCUUCAUUCAUAAAGCUCUGUCCCAGCAAAGAGAGGGGAAGGUCUUGGUUCAUUGCGCCAGAGGAGUGAGUCGUUCAGCGACGUUAGUGUUGGCGUAUCUGAUGAUAUACGAAAAACUCACCAUCGCAGAAGCCAUUGAUACGGUUUGCUCCCACCGGAACAUUCUUCCCAACGCUGGAUUCCUUCAACAGCUCCGUCAGCUGGACUCAAACCUCAGAGGAGAGAUGGGAUAUUAGUAUAAACUAACAGGCAACUGUGUUCACUAAUUUAACAAAUUGUAAAUAAAUCAUAGAAUUGGAGUUUACAAUAUAAUGUAGAACAAGUGAACAGGAAAAUGAUGGUUUAAGGAAAAUAAUCCUAAAUCAU